AAAAUAGUGUAUUUUAAUCAUUGAUCGACUAAAUAUUUAGUGAUUGGUAACCGAUGACUCAUGAACACACGGUUCGCGUAAAAAUAAACACAGGUUAAAAUUGGGUCAUGAGGUAUCAAAAGCUGACACUUGAAAGGCGUUUUUCAGGAAGACAACUUAAGUGGUGAAGUCAGAUCCAGUUAGCGGCUCAGUGAGCACAGCUGACAAUUAGCUAACUAUCAGAUCAGCAAUCAUGGCAGUCAGGAAAGGAUUGCAGAAAUUGGUGUUGCUGUUGGCAGUAUGGGUGGCCUUCAUAAAGCAAGGCAAUGCUGAAAACAUGAACGGGCGUUAUCUUGUUGCUAGUGGAUCUAAUCAAGGUGUGCCGUUCAACGAUGAUUACGCUAGCAAGGGACACGAGUACUUUGAUGUGUGGUCGCCAGAGCUGGCAACACACUAUGGAGAAGUGUUCUGGACGGAUCAGGGUAACAACCCGAUACCAAAGGAGAUUAUUGAUCGGUUCAAAGGCAAGGUGAUGGCCAUCACGGGGUAUGAGCAAGACCAGGUCAUGGUGACCCCAACAGGCAAGCCGGGUUUGAAUCCUGACCUGGAUGUGUCCGUGCCGAUCAACUGGGCAUACAACCACCACUACAUGGCCUGGAUGACAGGAGAUCACUCUGAGAUGGUGCGCAUUUCCAACCCUGACCCCAAGGACGUAAGCGACCAUGGUUCUCCCAUGCGCUGGAUGGCAGUGAACAAGCCGACUUCAAAGCGACUGGACCCCAAAAUUCCAACCAGUCAGAUGUUCAGUGAGGGAAAUGGAGGCGAGUCCAGAAAGAGUUUCCACGGGUAUCCAGAUGGUUACGCUCAACUAAUAGAUUCCCCAAAUAUGUGGCACAUAACGCCCAUGCAGAUUGACACCAGAAAUCGCGACUGCGGUGUUACGCCCAAGGACGUCAACAACUGCACAAAUCAUGUGAACCCAGGACCAGAGCCCAGACAGGCAAGAUAUGGGCUAGGUAUACCGAAAGAGGGAUCCCCAUACUCUGGUAUACUUGAGUGCCCUUGUAAUGGCCGCUAUGGUGGGGACCCGUCAAUCUAUGGUGAAGGUACGCUAACCAAGAAAAUCAAUCAUCACUACACAUGCAUUUCACAGCCGUCCUGUGGUAAUGCUGUCAUUGGUAAUGCACCUGAAUGUUUCGACGCCGUCUAUCAGCUGGGACUUCUUGUUAGCAAGAACAUCACCCUAACACCUGGCACAACUGGUGUUCCAGUCGGCUGUACUGUUCAGUCAUUGUCAGACGGAACACUGUCAGCUACGUACAAUCCCACUGCGAGCACCACCCAAUGCUCAACAUCUGUCCAACGUUACGGUACAACAGCCUUCGAAGUUGGUACCAAAAUUGGCAUCACACUCAAUAGCACCAUGGCCCUUAUCACCAUUUCCGGUCCAGAUGAUGUCUGGUUUGGGGUUGGCUUCAAUGCCACUCACAUGGCCGAUUCUCCUUACACAAUCAUCAUCAACUCCGAUGGUGUCUAUGAGCGACAGAUUGGGACAUGUGGCAGCGAGGCAGAACAUUGUCCAGGCGAUGCGCUGGAUACAAGCGUCACUGUUGUCUCCACCACUGUCCAGGAUGGCAAACGCACAGUGGUGCUUUCAAGACCUCUCAAAGGCAAAACCUCCAAGCACUACACAUUUGAUAUUACGAAUGAAGCUCAAAUCCCAUUCAUUUCUGCUAUUGGCUACUCUCAAAAGUUUGACUACCACAAAGCUCACUCGAGUGGGUUGGUAGUGUUGCUGGCUCAUGGAGAACAGAACUGCAUCUGCGAUAUCGGGAAAUCGGGCUACAUGUGUGAUAACAAUGGAACGAACUGCGACACCUUUGUUAAAAACUGCGUUCCGGCUCCCGAUGGAGAUUUGCUGUCUCAGCAGAAUCCAACAUGCAACUCAAUCCAGUAUGCUGGCGGUCUGCAAUGCUGCAAACAUGGAAGAAUUAUGUUGGAUGCUGAUCAAGAAAUUCGUCCGGAGCUGCUGCGCUACCACAUGAAAUUCCGGUUCUGGUUCCAAGAGUACAAAGUUGACGGCGAGCAAGUCUCGCACUAUGAUCUUCCAAGGAUCUAUUACCAAACUGAGGCCUGGGCAGGAGAAUACGACAUACCCCCAGCAUUCGCUGCUCCUGGUAAACCAAUCCCAGGCUACCCUAACUGGCCUGCAAAUACUCCUACACCGGGUACAAAAUGCUCUGGAGAUUGUCCUAAUGGAAAAGACUGUGACUGCGUACACACAAUUGUCUUCAGGUGGACUGUAAGUAACAUGCGGCUAAUCUAUGCAGGCGGCCAUUGCCAUGCCCCAUCUUGUAUAUCGUUAAACCUUUAUCGAAACGAUACCGGUCACGAAAUGGAACUGCUUUGCAGUCAGAUGCCAGUUUACGGUAGCGGUAAUGUCACUCACAACAAGUACGAUGAGCUGGGCUAUCUUGCCCUGCCACCCUGUCUCUGGGGCAAUGACAAGGGGCUGCAACCCUCUGUUUUCCUCGGGCCCAAUACGCCACUGGUGUCCAUCAAGCAUAACCACAACACCAAUAUGGGCCACUAUGGGGAGAUGGCCUCCUGGCAAAUGAGAGGCACUUUCUUCUAGAGUGGCUUCACUUGAUAUUUUCCUCUUUAUUGGCCUCCCUUGAUAUUACACGACCUUUCUCUAAGACUUGUAUAUGUUUCCCUUGAUUUUUCCAGACUGGCCACCUUUGUAGAUUCUUCUAGAAUGACUGUCCUUGCAGUUUUCAACUAAUCUUAGAGUGAUCUCUCUUUAAUGUUUUUAUUAAAUCCUUGAAUAUUUGUUCUGUAAUUAUCUCCCUUUAUAAGAAUUUGCUAUCUAGAUUUGACUCAGUUGAAGAUUUGUCUAGAGUGUUCUCCCUUGAAGAUUCAUCUUGUGUGGCCCCCUUUAAAGAUAAUUGCACAUGAUUGUUGUUCCAUUUUUUACUUUUUCACUUGUUUUUAUUUUAUAUAAUGAUUUCAAUUACAAUUAAUGUGUCAAUCGUCUUGUUUUAUCACCUGCCCAAUUAUGGGAUUAUUUAUGUAUGGUCUUAACAUGUGCAGUGAAUUACAUUCGUUUUUGAAAAAGGCGCCUUUUGUAGCAUUAUCUGUAUAAUAUACGCAAGUUUUUUGUUACAGCAUCUUUAAUUUAUUUCUAAUUUUAUCUGACAGUUUUUACAAAGUAAAAAAAAGCAAAAUAUUUUUAAAGCAUAUUUGUAUCUUGUGUGUUAAACUUAUGGGUAUGUCAUAGCUAUGUUUUUAAUCAUAAUGUGAAAAGUAUAAGGAUUUAAAUUUAUAAAAAAUAUUGUAUGUAUCAUUUCGUAAUUUACACUUAUGUGCUCAUGAGGGAAAAGUAAAAAAAUAUAUUUAAUGUAUUGGACUUUAUUUUUUAUUUUUGGAAAUGUCGGUACUCAAUCUUUUUUAUCAGAUGUAUUAUGAUGGUAUAUAAUACCCGUUCAGAAUUAUGAAUAUUUUGAAAUACUCACAAUGUUUAAUUUAGGGGAAUAGUUGCAUAUAUCAAUGACCUUGUUUUGAGGAGUGUUGUGCAUAUAAUGUUUAUGAGUCUUUACUUACAACAUUCCUGCAAAUUGUGAUAUAUAUGUUGUUAAUUGUGAAUGCUAUCUAAUAUCUAUUUUUUUAAAGAAAUCCUGGCGAUUGUGGUUUCAAAUAAAUUGUUUCUGUAUUU